GGCUCCCUCUUCCCCGGCGGCCGCAGGAGGCGCCGGUCCGCCGCGGCGCCGCAGCCCGGUCCUCCCAGAGCUUGGCUGACCAAGGCUGGCUUAGAAGGCUUUUUUUUUCCCAAGAAAAUGGGGACUGACAGUGAAAACCCAGUCCUGAGGAAUGUGCUUAUCAGCUUCAACUUGCUACUGCUAGGCGCCAUCCUCAAGCCUUUGGAGUGCCGACUAGAAGUGACAACAGAGGCAGCCAAGAGGCCAGUGGUGGAUGAGGAGGGCAGCGUUGCCAACUGCAGCCCACCCAUCAAAGAGCAGCCCAUGGUCUUCCACCACAUCUACAACAUUAACAUCCCCCUGGACAGCUGCUGUUCGUCAAUGCUCAAGUCUUCAGCUGAGGAGGUGAGUUCAGAAGACGACAGGAUGGCGGAGUACGCAGAGCAGACCUCAGACAGCGAGAGCCAGGUCACCUUCACCCACAGGAUAAACUUGCCCAAGCAGGCCUGCAAGUGCUCCACCUCCUUCCCGUCCAUGCAGGAUCUGCUGAGCAGGAUUGAGAUGCUGGAGAGGGAGGUCUCCAUUCUCCGGGACCAAUGCAACUCCAAUUGCUGCCAAGAAAAUGCAGCCACAGGGCAGCUGGAUUUCCUGCCGCCCUGCAGCGGGCACGGCAACUUCAGCCUGGCGGCGUGCGGCUGCGUCUGCGACGAGGGCUGGGCGGGCAGCAACUGCUCGGAGCCCCGCUGCCCGCGGGGCUGCUCGCGCCGCGGCGCCUGCGUCGAGGGCCAGUGCGUCUGCGACGGCGACUACGGCGGCGACGACUGCUCCGAGCGCCGCUGCCCCGCCGACUGCAGCGCCCGGGGGCUCUGCGUGGACGGCGCCUGCCUCUGCGAGGAGGGCUUCGCCGGCGACGACUGCGGCCAGCCCCGCUGCCCCCGCGACUGCUCGGGCCGGGGCCGCUGCGCCAACGGCACCUGCCUCUGCGAGGAGGGCUUCGCCGGCGACGACUGCGGCCAGCCCCGCUGCCCCAACGCCUGCAGCGGCCGCGGCGCCUGCCGCGAGGGGCUCUGCGCCUGCGAGGACGGCUACGCGGGGCCCGACUGCUCGGCAGUGGCGCCUCCGGAAAACCUGCGCGUGGCCGGCGUGGGCGACGACAGCGUGGAGCUGGCGUGGGACGGCCCGGCGGCGGCGGCGGAGUUCGUGGUCUCCUACGAGCCGGCCGGGCCCGGGGGCGGCCGGCUGCAGCAGCGGGUGCCCGGCGACUGGGGCGCCAUCACCAUCCGGCCGCUGGAGCCGGGCCUGACGUACAACCUCAGCGUCUACGCCGUGGUCGGCAGCGUCCUCAGCGCCCCCGUCACCGCCAAGGCGACCACCAACCUCGCCACGCCGCAGGGGCUGAAGUUCAAGACCAUCACCGAGACGACUGCCGAGGUGCAGUGGGAGCCCUUCUCCUUCCCUUUCGACGGCUGGGAGAUCAGCUUCAUCCCCAAGAACAACGAGGGCGGCGUGAUCGCGCAGCUCCCCAGCAGCGUCACCACCUUCAACCAGACGGGCCUGAAGCCGGGCGAGGAGUACACAGUCACCGUGGUGGCCCUCAAGGAGCAAGCCAGGAGCCCCCCCGCAUCCGACAGCGUCUCCACCUUAAUUGACGGUCCGACCCAGAUCCUGGUGCGGGAUGUCUCCGACACCGUGGCCUUCGUGGAGUGGACGCCGCCGCGCGCCAAGGUGGACACCAUCCUGCUGAAGUACGGGCUGGUGAACGGGGAGGGAGGGAAGACCACCUUCCGCCUGCAGCCCCCGCUGAGCCAGUACUCCCUGCAGGCCCUGCGCCCGGGCUCCCGCUACGAGGUGGCCGUCAGCGGCCUGCGAGGCACCAACGAGAGCGACGCUGCCCUCACCCACUUCACCACAGAGAUCGAUGCCCCCAAGAACCUGCGCGUGGGCGCCCGGACGGCGGCCAGCCUCGAGCUCGCCUGGGACAACAGCGAGGCCGAGGUGCACAGCUACCGCGUGGUCUACAGCACCCUGGCCGGGGAGCAGUACCACGAAGUGCUGGUGCCCCGCGACAGCGGCCCGACAACCAGGGCCACCCUCGCAGACCUGGUGCCAGGCACCGAGUACGGCAUCGGGAUAUCGGCCAUCAUGGACAAGCAGCAGAGCGUGCCAGCCACCAUGAACGCCAGGACAGAGCUCGACAGCCCCCGGGACCUCCUGGUGACAGCCUCCACGGAGACAUCCAUCUCCCUGGCCUGGACCAAGGCCAAAGGGCCCAUCGACCACUACCGCAUCACCUUCACCCCGGCCUCAGGGAUGGCCUCUGAAGUGACGGUGCCCCAGGACAGGUCGCAGCUCACCCUCUCGGACCUGGAGCCCGGGACGGAGUACACCAUCUCGAUCAUCGCCGAGCGGGGACGCCAGCAGAGCCUGGAGUCCACUGUGGAUGCAUUCACAGGGGUCCGGCCCAUCACACAGCUGCACUUCUCCCACCUGACGUCCUCCAGCGUCAACAUCACCUGGAGCGACCCAUCGCCGCCAGCUGACCGGUUCAUCCUGCACUACAGCCCAUGGGGCAAAGAGGAGGCGCAGCAGCUCGCACUGGAUGGCACCAGCAGACACACUAGCCUGACAGGGCUGCGGCCGGCCACCGAGUACCAGGUGUCGCUGGUGGCCGUACAUGGCACGGUCAGCUCAGAGCCCAUCAUGGGCUCUAUAACUACAGGGAUCGACGCUCCAAAGGACCUCAGGGUGGGCAACGUGACCCAGGACUCCAUGAUCGUCUACUGGAGCCCUCCCAUCGCGACUUUUGACCACUACAGAAUAUCCUAUCGGGCUGCUGAAGGGAGGACAGACACCACCGCAAUCCCCAGAGAUGCUACCGAAUACGCCCUCCACCGCCUGCAGCCCGCCACCGAGUAUGAGAUCACCGUGAAGAGCGUGCGGGGCCGGGAGGAGAGCGAGCUGGCCUCCCUCACCGCACACACAGCCAUGGAUGCCCCCUUGGGUGUCACCGCCACCAAUGUCACCCCCACCGAGGCCCUGCUGCAGUGGAACCCACCGCUAUCGGACGUGGAGAACUACGUCGUCGUCCUCACCCACUACACAGUUGCAGGAGAAACAAUUCUCGUGGAUGGAGUCAACCAGGAGUACCAGCUGACCAACCUUCUGCCCAGUACCACCUACACAGUCACCAUGUAUGCUACCAAUGGGCCUUUCACCAGCCAAACCAUCAGUACCAACUUUACAACUCUUUUGGACCCUCCAACAAAUCUGACUGCGAGCGAAGUCACCCGACGGAGUGCCCUUCUGUCCUGGAUGCCUCCGAUGGGAGAGAUUGAGAACUACAUCAUGACCUACAGAUCGACCGAUGGAAGCCGUAAGGAGCUGAUUGUGGAUGCUGAAGACACCUGGAUCCGUCUGGAGGGGCUUUCGGAGACGACAGAGUACACCGUGCGUUUGCAGGCUGCCCAAAAUGCUGUGCGGAGUGGCUUCACCUCCACCACCUUCACCACGGGCGGUCGUGUCUUUGCUAAUCCUCAGGACUGCGCCCAGCACCUGAUGAACGGCGACACGCUGAGCGGAGUCUACACCAUCUCCAUCAACGGCGACCUAGGCCAGAGGGUGCAGGUGUACUGCGACAUGACCACGGACGGAGGCGGGUGGAUCGUAUUCCAGAGGCGGCAGAACGGGCUGACAGAUUUCUUUCGGAAGUGGGCAGAUUAUCGGGUCGGCUUUGGAAACCUGGAAGAUGAAUUUUGGCUGGGCUUGGACAACAUCCACAGGAUCACCUCCCAGGGGCGCUACGAGUUGCGAAUAGACAUGAGAGACGGCCAGGAAGCAGCAUACGCCUACUACGACAAGUUCUCCAUCGGCGACUCCAGGAGUCUGUACAAGCUCCGAAUAGGAGACUACAACGGCACCUCCGGGGAUUCCCUCACCUACCACCAAGGCCGCCCCUUCUCCACCAAGGACAGGGACAACGACGUCGCCGUGACAAACUGCGCCAUGUCAUACAAAGGGGCCUGGUGGUACAAGAACUGCCACCGGACCAACCUCAAUGGCAAGUACGGAGAGUCCCGGCACAGUCAGGGGAUUAACUGGUACCAUUGGAAAGGCCACGAGUUCUCCAUACCCUUUGUGGAAAUGAAGAUGCGACCCUACAACCACCGCAACAUCUCUGGGAGGAAGCGACGGUCCCUACAGCUCUGAGUCCGCAGGACCCCUCUCCCACUUCCCACCACCUGACCUUUUCUGUCAUUCGUUUGUAUUUUAUAAUAUGAAAAGGGAUAAAAAAAAAUCCUUCUCCUCUGAGAUAGCAACCUGCCCCUCACGAGUCCUGGAGGGAACCACGGCACAAGUAAAGGCUGUGGGAAAGGAAAGACCUCAUUGCUUUGCAUCAGUCCCAGAGAAAUACCAAAUUUCCAGUCUCCCUACCCCAAAACUCUUGCCCUUAACAUGAAAAGAAAGAGAGAAAGAGAGACAGAUUUUUGAUAUUUUUUUAAAAGACUUAGAAAUCCCCAGCAACCCCUGUCAGAAGCAUUUCACUUGCCCUACCACCACCGUCUCUGCUGUGGCACCCCUCCCCUGCUCUCCGAGUGCCCUCCCCUGUUCACCAGCAACCCUGAUGGGGACAGGCCUGGCCACAGCGCAGGGCAGACCUCUCUUUGGACAGGCCACCUCCCUGCAGCCUGAGACCUGUCAGACUCUCAGGCCACGUGGCAGAAACCUUCACCCCCGGGAUCUUGAUGCAGCCGUUUCCACCCUGUAAGAGUGGCCAGGGACACCAGUCCUCUUCCUGCCUCCCUCCCUCCGCUCCGACGGGGAGCUUCCCGUCACCCCACAAACACCAACUCUUCCAGCAGGUGGGAAGCCUCUCUCUCCCUUUGGCCAAGGGUGCACAGCCUGGUUAUCCCUCUCCCUCCGCGUAGGCACUGUAUGGGCGCAGACAAAGUGAGGACGAGAACACGAGGCAACACGUACAGAGUUUUGGCUAGUGUAGAUCCCACCGGGAGGGCAUGGAGACCAUCGGCAUAGGCAGACGAAUUCUAGAGCCCACAGUUCACGCGUUAACCCCACCAGCACAUAGUCCAUCACAGCCAAAGUCAUCCUCUUGUAGAUGCAGUGUAGAGGAGCAGACAGUAUAGACCGAGAGCUGUUCUACCAGCCAGGAGCACUUGAAACAUCAUCCACUCCUCUCCUCUGUGAGCUGAGCUCAUCACGCUUAUGGUGCAUGGUAUUUAUCUGGGUUAUGUUUAUCUCGAGGGAGAGGAAAGGAGACAAAUCAGACGACUCUGGAGAAAAAACAUUUCCUGCAGCCUUUACGUCUAACUAGGACCCAUUUCUUCUACUAUUUUUAUAUGCCACCACAUUGUCUCCCACAGAGGUAGCUGGUCCCAAACCAAAGAGUGUCAGAGAAAGGCCAGCAACCAAAGGAGUUACCAGAUGGCUACGGUCCAGCUGGAAGCCAGCAGAGUAUGUGGCAGUCAUCGGCACAGCCCAGGAGCCAGACUCACGGACCUCUCUGCGCGUGGGGGGAACGGUGAUGAUGCCGUCGAGGGAAGAGAAGUGCAAGCUGAGAAAUGCCCAUUCCCUUCCUGCUCCUGCACCAUCCCUGUUCGCUGUGAUCGCAAGAGGGACACAAAUUUGCAGUGCCUUGGUAUCAUCUCUCUAACGGGAAAUUCAGCUGUUUCCCUUCCUUGAAGGAAGGCCUAGUCCAUUAAGAUUUGUACAGCACUUUGAGACCCUGGAAAGAACCGAUAAGUUUGUUCUUCCUGUCCUUUACUUCUCCUUUCUUAAAGAAGCUAGACCCUUCGGAGAGCUCCCUCUGUGCUCUGCUGUCUUUGGCACCGCUUCCACUUACCACAAACAAACAUCACGCUGGAUUUAGUCCUCUCUGCUGAGGGCUCUGAUCAAUGCUGUGCAUUGUAGUUGGCCUGGUCUAGGAGAAAGGACUUGUCCCCACUUCUGAGUCUUAUGUGCAAGUACAAUGCAGCUCGUAUCUGGGUUCACAGCCGAGGGAGCGCUACAAAUGCAAAACACUGCUUUUCGAUUUUGUCACACUGAAGCUGCUUUGUCUUAAGAAGCACUUCCAAAAGGCAACAUAAAGGCAUCUUUGCAGUGGUUUAUAGUUCAGGCCAGUGUCUCUUUCAUAGUCAUACUCCUAGGUUUUCUGAUGUUACUCACCACUGAUGUGGAGCUGAAGGACAUUAAGCAGGAAAUGCAGCUUACUUAUCCAUGCCAUGUCCCGGCACACAAAAACAUAGCUAACCCAGAGGUCAGGAUUAGAUACAAGGUUGAACCCUUCAAGUGGUGAGCUUACAAGCUGACAUGGACAGUCUGACCUGGAGGAAGGAUGCUGUAGCUCAGCAGCACCUCACGUAAGUGAGGCAUCUCUUCUUACAGCCCAUCGGUGUCAAAUCAGGCAUCAAGCAAACCAUCUGACUGAGGAAUGGAUCAAAGAGGAUGAAGAAAACGGGAUCUCUCAUAGGAUACAGCCAGUGUCACAGAUGGCAGCAUCUCACGCUUGCUGAGCAGCCUGCCUCAUUUUAGGCCCCAAAAGCCAACAAGAAGCAACAGGCAGAACUGAUCAAAACAUAAGAAGCCCCCCAGUAGAUCUGCACAGUAAUAUUUUCCGAAUACGACCAAGAGUUUAUAGGUAAGAAGUGUGCUAACAAAAGCCCUGUAGUCCAGUGGUUAUAACUAGGACCAGAGACUGACAGUCAGUGGUAUUCAUUUCCUGUUUUAGAAAGUGGUUCAGCAUGGGUGACCGAUGUGGUUUGCUUAUCUACCCAGUGGAAAUACGGGAACUCAACAUUCACUGUCAAGCACAAGGGAAGAAACCUCUCUCUUUUUCAUAAGUAUAAAACAAAAGCAGAAAAUCAAAAAAUGCGCUCGACCAAAUCACAACCUCAUACAUCCAUAUCAGAACCCAGAAGGAGCUUUCUAUCAUCAGCCUUGUUUUUCCAGGAGUUUCAAAAGAAGACCUUCAAAAAAGGCUGAUAAUUCUUUAAAUAAAUUUCCUGUCAUAUGUUCCUCCCUCCCUGCUGAUGUCGCUCAUCCCUUUUAUAAGUCUUGUAGCCAGGAUGAGAGCACCCAGUUGCCAGAACUCCAUCAUCAAGGCAGAAGGACACACUUGGAGAUAAUGUCUGACCUCCCAGUCUUAUUAUAGGCUGAGACGGGUCCUUCCAGAAAAACAAAUAGGGAAGUUAGCAGCAAGAAGCCCUGGCUCCUUCCUGAUUCUUCUUGCAGUUCUCCUUGCUCUGCUUCCUUCCAUAGGCAUCCAGCAUCGCCUUCCUGAGGAGUCAGGGGCCACCUUUACCUGGACAACACUAUUGCUGCAACCCUAAUCUCACACUGAGAGCACCAGGGUGUUGCAUUCAUUACCUUGGUGAAACACAGUUUCUAAAAUGGUUUAAGGGAAGAUGCCUGCACGUU